GAGCCAGCGCGUCGAGCGGCAUUAAAUCGCGAGGGGAUGGAAUACGACGUACUGUCACCGUGUACACCGCGUCGGGACGGAGCCCGCGGAUGGCGCCGUGACUGCCUUUCCCCUGAGCCGUGGCUCGGGACAUCAGCUGAUUACCUGAUCCGUGGCUCAGGAAAGCGAAUCUCCGUCGGUAGGCGUAGGCCUGGCCAGUAAAUGGCUACAGAGGCAAACAGCGCCGCUGUCUCCCACCUCUCGCCAGUCUUUCUUGUGUCCACCAUUGACGCCGGCAGAGAUCUGCGGAAGGAGUGCACGGUGGCGAGUAUCGUCGAUGGAGUUCCUGAUGCAACCAAUUAGGAGGUCCGCGGUGAUGGAGGAGGUGAAUGACAACCAGUUGCGAGCUGUCCCCCAUGGCCACUAUAAGCGUUGACGGGCAGAUCUGUGCGGUGGAUGGGGCAGCUGCGACUGAGCGAGAUGAUGAACCGCAGGCGUCUGAGCAAUCCAUUGGCCAAGUUGAUCCGAAAACACCAGGCUGGACUCGCAGGGUUAGAAUUGGAGCUGCUGCUCCUGGCAGGGCUCCUUGCCCUGGGCGAACCAGUGCCCUUGAGAAAGCAAUUCGGGGGUUUGGUGACAAGCCUGUAAGCAUUAUGGUUGUGCCAGAAUUGGGCACAAGCUUUGAUACACUUGGGGAGGCCUAUGACUUCUGCAAUCUCUACUCGUGGGAGAAGGGGUUUGGAAUAAGAUAUGGGAAGAGUAGGUUGAAUGUGGAGAGAACAAAGUGCAUGCAGGAAAUUGUUUGCGGGUGUGCGGUAUGCAUUUCUAUAAUUAUAUGGAUUACUUUUAUACAUGUGUUGUUGUUCUGUGGUUCGUGUAACCUGACACGUCUAUGAUUGUAUUACUGUUUUAUGCAGGGUAAACCGGGUGUGGAAAACACAAGAUCAUGCCGUUGUGAAUGCCCGGCAUUAAUAAGACUACUUCGCACAAAGGGCAAUGGUUGGUACAUAGCUGAGUACCGUGAGCAGCACAACCAUUCGCUAUCUCCUACAUAUGGGCAGACAAUACACUGGCCUUCACACAAGCACAUUGAUGCUUACAAUAGAGACUUGGUCGAGCAGUUGCGACAAAACAAUGUUAACCUAGCCAAAGUUAUCUACUAAUACACCAGCAUAAUUGGAAGCUUCUUUGGUUCAAUGGAAAGGGUGCCUUUCACAAAAAGAGCUCUGAAGAAUUUGUGUGGUAAAAUAAAUAGAGAACAGUCGGAGGAUGAUGUGAGGAAGACCAUGGAGGUGUUUGCAGAGCUGGGCUCAAGAGAUCCUCACUUCACCUAUCGUGUGCAAGAAGAUGAGGAUGGUCGGAUAGCAACUCUUAUGUGGGCAAAUGGGAGCAGCAGGUUGCAGUACACAUUCUUUGGAGAUGUCGUAACCUUUGAUACAACAUACAAAACAAACCUGUACAACAUGCCAUUUGGUCUGUUUGUGGGUGUGAAUAAUCAUUUCCAGAGCAUCAUCCUGGCCGGUGUUCUUGUCCGUGAUGAAAAGGUGGAGACAUUUGAGUGGGUUUUCACAGAAUUCAUUAGGAUGAUGGGUAGGACUGCACCGAGGACAAUUCUAACAGAUCAAUGCCGGGCUAUGGAGGUCGCCAUUAAAAAUGUGAUGCCGCAGACAGCACACCGUUGGUGCAAGUGGCAUGUGCUGAAGAAGGCAAAAGAAUCACUUGGAUCGCUGUACUCGAAGAAGAGCGAGUUUAGGGCAGAAUUUCACAAGGUAGUAAAUCACAUGCUUACAGUCGAUGAAUUCGAGGAAGCUUGGAAGAGCUUGGUGGAGAAAUAUAAUUUGAAGACACAUGACUACAUGAGGCAGUUGUAUGACAUAAGACACAAGUGGGCAAAGCCUUAUUUUAAAGGAGUUUUUUGUGCUAAGAUGAGCAGUACCCAGCGCAGUGAAAGUGCAAACCACAUGUUGAAGAACUAUGUACCGCCUGGUUGUCCCAUGCAUAUGUUUGUGAAGAAAUACAUGAGACUACAAUCUGAUAGGGAAGCCGAGGAGAACUACGAGGAGAAGCGGACACGGAUAGGUAGACCGCUGUACAGAGCAAACUUAGCUAUAGAGAGGCAUGCUGGUAAGAUAUACACACGAGCUAUGUUCGAGCAGUUUGGACAUAUUCUUUAUGAGUGCGGCGCAUACCAAGUGGAGGAGCGGGAGAAAGGAAAAUUGUAUCUUGCCAUUCAUACCGAUGCUGCUAGGAGGGAGAAGUGGUGUAGGGUGUCAUAUAAGGUAGCUGUUCUUGAAGGAGGUGAUGAAUAUGACUGUGAGUGUGGGCAAUUUGCACACAUGGGGCUGCUUUGCAGCCAUGUUGUGAAGGUGCUGGAUUUCAUCCGUGUUACAGAGAUACCGCAAAAACACAUUGUGAAGCGAUGGACCAGGGACGCACGGGACAUACUGCCAGCUCACCUUACUCAAUAUCAGAGGGAUAAUGCUCACAACAAACCUUUCAGCUUCAGGCAUUUCAAUAUGUAUAUGCAUGCCAUGGAGUUGGUUCGAAUGGGCGAUGCAAGCGUGGAAGCAUAUGACAAAUUCAUGACUCUCAUCAAGGAUUUCCUGGUCCAAAUGGAACCAUUCUCGGAAAUAAGGGAUGGGCUCGGACUGGAGGACAGGAUUGGUCAGCAUGGAGAUGGUGCUAAUGCAAGGGCAAAUGGUGAUGAGCUUGCUGCCCAUACGACAGUAGUUGCGGCAAGUGGAGGUGCAGGCUUCGGAAAUGUGAAUGAUGAUGCUACUUCUGCAAAUGAGAGUGGGAAUAGACUCAGUGGAUUGUUAGCGCCAAAGAAAAGGAAAGAGAUGGGGCGCCCGACAACUAGCCGUGAGAAGGCACCGUACGAGGGGCUCAGCAAGCGGACCAGGUUCUGUAGCAUAUGUCAGCAGCAAGGGCACAAGAGGACUACUUGCCCGGACCGGGGUGAUGCACCAAAGCCUGUUCGGAAACCAGCAAGGUGCAAAAAUUGUGGAGUUGAAGGUCAUAGGCAAAACAACUGCAACAAAGUCGGUGAUCUGCGGGUCAUAGGCGUGUGAGCGCUUGGAAAGAACUACUUAGACUAAAAAUCUGUAGUACUAAAUGUGUGGUUCAGUAAUUAUGUGUGUAGAACUUGUGAAGUUUCAUGCUUGCUGAGUGUAUGCAGCUCCUAUGCAUGUGAAAAAGCAGUUAUGUGGAAUAUAAAAAAUCACGUACUGUUGAACUGGUCUGCAUCUAAUCGUAUAGGGGGUUUGCAUAAAUCAA